AUUUCCUUAUAUUAAAACUCGGGAAGCACUUCUUGUGUUUUGCUGCUAGACAGCAAUAAAUCGUUUUUCUCGUUGUCACGUCGACAGCGUGAUGUGACGGACCGAGAAUGAGCCAAGAUGCCUAGUUUAAAUAAUUAAGAAAUCAAUUUUCGAUGUUUAUCAUACAGCAUUAAUUAUUGCGCAGCCUUUCCUUUUCGAUAAACGAAGAAAGAGCGCGCAGUCUAUCUGUAUAAGUUUAUGGCCUCUCCCCACCUCUGCUGACAUUUAUUGCUGCCAAACAAUACAAAUCUAUGUUUUUAUCGCUGUUUUAUAGUGUUUAAUUAUAAAAGAACAUUGUUUAUAGAAUUCAUUUAUUUACAGUCAUGAAUGUAGGAAACCAGGCAUUAAAUCUGGAUAAAAUUUUACGAGAUGACGAUGAAUCUGAUUUUUUGCCAGCAGGCGGUUCAAAUUUAGCUGCUAUCUUCGGAUUGCAAUCGAAAACAUUAGAUGGUUCUUUAAUGAAACAAGUCCCCAAAAAAGUAAACACACCUCGAAGUUCGACUCAAACAAUCUCAAACAAAGCAGAAGUUAUAAUAGCAAAAGCAGUUUAUGUCUUCAAAUUACAGAAUGGAAGUUAUACAUCAAUUGGCAAACUUGGCAUAGCUCUUACAGGAAAUUACGUAACAAAAUUAUAUCAAAUUAUUUUAUAUAAAAAUAAACAGGAGCACUUGUCACUUGUUACAGUAACUCAUGAUUUCUUAUUUGCUAUUCAACCAAACAAUUAUGCAAGUUAUUAUGAUAGCAAUAAGGAGAACUGGUCAAUUUCAUUUGAAAGCAAUGAUGUUUGUAUAGAAUUUGCUAGAGAAGUAGGGCUAGCACGAUAUUUAUCUAGGAAUGGAAGGCUGGAAAAUGUACUUUAUCAGAAUUUAUCACCAGCUAAUAAAGAUGCAAUAGCAAAAGAAGGGAAUAAUGUAUCUCUCAAGUAUUUUAUAACCACAGAAAUAAUACAGCCUCUUAGAGAAAUUCCUACAACAUAUCAAACAAUGACAGUAGAAAUAUCCACAGAUGAUAAUUGGGAAAAAACACUUGUGGGAAGCAGCAAGGGAUUAAAAAGAAUUUUAUUUUUGCCUCCUAAUAAACAGAUUAGUUUAGGACCAGGAUUUCCCAAAGAGAAAGAUGUAUUAUUAGAAAUAGAAAUAACAGACAUACAAACACCAGAGACAACCACUUAUACUCAUAAAGUUUCAAGUGGUAAAGCUUCAAUCAUAUCACGAAUGGCAAAAAUGGGGCAGUCUAUAUUACCAAAAAUUCCUACAUCUACUACCACAGAUUCUGAUGAUACUGAGGAUGAUAUAUCGCAUAAACCACCUCAUCUAAAAAGAAUUGAAUCAUCAGAAGAAGAAGUGCACAGAAAGCAUUCUCCAAAAGAAUUUAAGGAAGAGGUUGUAAAGAAUUCACAUAGAAUACUUAGACCAAAAGGUGAUGUGUCUAUAGCAAAUAGUACUUGUAAACCUUUGGUUAAUUCAACUGCCUAUACUCCACAAUGGUCGCCCACACAAAUACAGCCAAAUUUUGUUACUUUAGAUGGUCGCGUCUAUUCAUUAGAGUCGCAAACAGUAACUCCAACAGUACCAUCAGUAAUAGAUCCAGGAUUGAAUGUUUUAUUAUCAGAAAAUAGAAUAACAAAUGCAGAACUCAGAAUGGGGAUGUCUAAGAUAGCUGACAAUGUGCAAAAACUCCUUGACAAGUUUCAUGUUCUUGAACUUCAAAAUGCUACAACUCCUAUAAAAGAUAGGACAGCUUUGGAUGCUACUUUAAAAAUGUUGUUAAACAUAAAUGCGUCUGAAGAAUCACAUAAAUCUACUGGUACAGCAGGUGAUAAUAUCACGCAAUUAAAUGAAAUGAAAGACAGAAUUAUCGUAUUGGAAAAAGAAUUAAAACAAUCGAAAGAGCAAAUGAAAGAGCUUGACACUCAGAAGGAAUGUUUAAUGCACGUUAACGAAAGUUUAAAUAAAACUAUCAAAGAAUUAGAAGUAUCCUUAAAGGAAUCUAAUAUUGCACUUGAUAGUGCAAAGACGAAUUUAGAAGAAGCAAACAAAGUCAUUGUUAAAUAUGAGGAACAGUUGAUGUCAUUUCAAAAUAAAGUAUCUAAGCCUUCUGAAGAAUGCAGUUCUACGGACAAGAAUGACAGUAAAAAUAAGGAAAUUAAACAGACAAUGAAUAAAGUCUAUCACGUUUUGUUAGAUAAAUUUACAGAUGAAUCUUACUCUAAAGAUAUAAUAAGAACAAUAAUAGCUGAUACAAUAAAAAACGUCACAUUACAAGUUCUGUACAACAUGAAUGAGAACAGAGAUAUAGAAACAGAGCCAAGUUCUAUAAAUAGUAAAAGAAUGGAUAUUCCGAAUAAUACUGAACAUACUACAGUACCUUUUAUGACACAAAAUGAACCACCACCAGUUCCUCCAAAUGGUACUGAAGAUGAUAAUGAUUGGAUGUACUAAUAAUCAUGUAUUUUAUAUAUAAUUAUAUUGUAUAUAGACAAAAAGUUGUCCAUAAACAUAGUUUAUAAUGAAAUCUCAUGUAAAUUAAAAUUUGUAAAUUCCUACGAUUCAUAGAAAUCUUUAAACAACAUUUUUGUAUAUUAAAGAAUAAACACUAUUUUGAGUA